CUCAACCAGUCAGUCAGCAUUUUUUUGCGCCCAGGUGGAAUAGGGACAGAUUCUUUCGAUAAGGAAACAGUGCUGGUGUAACCUAGAGGUGUAGAGACAAUCAACUGAAUGCCAGUGUAGGUGCAAGACUAAUCACGACAGGUGUAUCUGGUGUAGGUUACACAAUUGGAGAAUUAAUCUAAAAAGAAAAAAGACGAGAUUUCUCAUUCGCGGUCAUCACAAUCAGAGGAAAGAGUGAAGAGCGGUUGGACAAGUUAUCCACUUACGUGAUAUUUGGAAGACGGUGACUAAGCAGCUACUUUAAGCUCAGUGCAGCUGGAGACUGAAAGGCAUGCUGAAGACCGUUUCACAAAGUACACCCACCAACCAGUAUGAGAAUGUGGGCACUGGUGUCCAGGGCUCCCCUGUUCUCACAACAAUUAGGAACCCCUUCACUGAAGCCAUGAAUGUACCGAAUAUGUCAGGUGUGAACACAGACAUGACAGAGACUGCCUCAUCUCAUUGGAAUACAGAUGUCUUCCCGACAGAUCCAUCCAAUCAGAGCGCAGAUAUCUUCCAGACAGACUCAUCCAAUCAGAACGCAGAUAUCUUCCAGACAGAUACAUCCAAUUGGAAGACGGAUGUCUUCCAGACAGAUUCAUCCAAUUGGAAUGCCGAUAUGUUCCAGACAGAUUCAUCCAAUUGGAAUGCAGAUAUCUUUCAGGCAGAUUCAUCCAAUCGGAAUGCAAAUAUCUUCCAGGCAGAUUCAUCCAAUUGGAAUGCAGAUAUCUUCCAGACAGAUUCAUCCAAUCGGAAUGCAGAUAUCUUCCAGGCAGAUUCAUCCAAUCGGAAUGCAGAUAUCUUCCAGGCCACCUCAUCUUAUGAGAACACAGACAUUUCCCAGACUGCCUCAUCCAGUAGGAAUAUAGCAGCUCUCUCCAGAGCUCCACCCACCAGUCCUCAGGUUGACCUUUUCCAACCUCUGCCAUUCAAUGUAGAGACACCGACCACAGAAAGCAGGUCCUCCAGUGCACCGUUUGAAAUUUUCCAAGAUCCACAAUCCAGCCAAGAAAAGGGCAUCUUCCAGAAACCAAAACCAGAAGUCCCAAAGAAACCAAACGCUCUCAAAUUACGUCUUCUUAAUGGCACUCCAUUUGGUCAAGGGACACCAUCUCCAGUCUCCUCCGUGUUGGCACAGCAGAUGGCCUCACCUGUGUCGGCCUCAUCUGUGUCGGCCUCACCUGUGUCGGCCUCACCUGUGUCGGCCUCCAGCUGGCGAGGGUUUUUCCAGGACACCCCCUCUGCAACAUCAGACACCUACCAGACUCCAUCCUCCACGAGAGACGACCUGUUUAACCCCCUACAAAACAAAUUCCAUGACCCCUCCUGGGCUACUUCCUCCUCUGACCUCUUCAAGACUCCUUCUGCCAGUUUCUCCCUUCAGUCUACACCCAUUUCUCAGGUCCUCUCCUCUGUCCAAACCUCACACACACCUGGCAACCCCUUCUAUCCCAUCCCCAAUGGGAAACCGAGCUUUGGGAAGACGGAGGAAGCUGGUGAAACUGCAACUGCAGAGAGAGAACUGAACGUCUUGCUCACCACACCAGAGGGUACCGAACAUGAUGUCUUUCAAAACACUCCGAUAGAUGUGAGAAAUUCAGCAUUCUCCUCUCCCUCUCAAGAAGUCGAAGCAUCCACAAGCACACCAUCUGAAUUCUACCGGUCCAAGCCUUUACCAAGAGUUCCUUCAAAAAAACCUGCAAGCACCAGGGCCCCUAUGAACACAGUGAAGCAGGAGAGUGUAUCACCGGUGGAACAGGAGUCCCCUUCAGAAGUGAACAUUGAAUUCACAGGCGAGGAGAGAUGUGUUGAGGACUGGCCAGAGGACAGCCCGCGAUUUUCCUCUAACUGGAGACCAUCUGGGACACUGAGGCUAAGGAGGGAGUCAAUAUUGGAAAAGGACGAUGGAAGCAACGGCGGAGACCGAAGUGGGAAGAAGAUGUUGAAAAAGCUGGCGUUGUCUAUUUCCACUCGUAGACGAUCAAAGGAUAAACUGUUAGAUGAUUUAAAACCUGGAGAUGGUCACAGUGUUCACCAGCGAUCUGAGCGGUCAGAUACCAGUUCCCCAGUCCAAGAACUGAAGGAGGGACUCCUUAUAGAUGUGUUCUCAUCAGAUAAUGGCGAAGAACAGAAUCCGGGAGAGGACUCCAAAUCAGCCAAGAAAUUGAAGUUCAAAGGUUCUCGGGUUCUGCGUAGAAAGUCAAAGGAAAAGCUAAUUGACACCACUGAAAACCACCCAGUAUUAGAAUUAUAUGAGGGGCCUGUUGAGGAAAAGGCAGGAAGUGUGUCUUCAACUACAUCUCCCAAAAUACCUGAUGAUGGCACACAAGAUGAGUUUGCGUCGCAAAAGAAGAAAAACCUGAAGAAGAGGCUGUCAAAUUUGCAUCGUCGUACUAUGAAGAAUGAACAAGUCCUUCGACCGAACACAGAUGACCAUUCGCUGCAUCAAGAUUUUAAGGAUGUUGCUGUAACUGAAGCACCAGUUCCUUAUCGACGCACAACUACAUGGCCUGAGAAAGCGCAAGAGAUGAAUAUGCCCGAAGACCUCUUUGGACCUCACAGUGGUCCUUCAAAGGACACUGAACUUCAUGCGAAUCACAAGGAACAAGACUAUUAUGGGAUGGACCUUCAGGAUGGAAAGGUUUUCCUGGAUGAGGACGUCCCAAAGAGGGAUGCUGAUCAUCACGAGGAGGAGGGACCACAUGUCAAAAAGAAGAAUAAAAAGAAGAAAUCAAUCAAAAUCACCGUUCCCCGGUUGACUUGGAAAGAUUAUACGAAUAAUAAUCAUCCAUAUGGAGAUUCCCCUGGAUUGCCAAACAAGGACUAUUACCUGCCAGAGGGGGCGAAGGGUACAGAUUAUGAAUCAUCUGAAGCAAUGAGGAGGGAUUACUACUCAUCAGCUACACCAAAGAGCAUAGACCAGCAGUAUGAUGAUCCGUCAGGACUUAUGAGCAGUGAUCACUACCUGUCACACAGACCAAAGGAGCGAGACCGGUUCCCCACAGUAGGAGAGUCACCCGAGUUCCCUUUUAUGGGAAAUGUUGAUUCAGCAAAGAAUGAAUAUGGAACCCUAUCCAGCCCAAGCCUCAAGGAGGACUAUGUCCACCCCAGCCUCACUCAUAAGGGCACGGAUCUGUUCAUGGCUGAUGAGAAACAUGGAGAUCAGAUGAAGAAAAUGGAGGAUUGUAAACCGAAAAAGCCCUCGAAAUUCGGUGUUCAACUUCGUCGAAAAUCAAAGGAUAAGUUUUUCGAGGAAGGGUCAAACUGGAAGUCAGGACAAUCAGAUUAUCAACCGUCACCUCAAUUUAAGUCGGACCCGAUGGAAGAUGAGUUCUUUCAUGAGGAUGCAGAUGUGUUCAUGGAGGGACGACAGGGCAGAGGACGGAGGACGGAGGAAGACUAUGGACCGAAAUAUCUGAAGGACCACUUCCCAGACAAGCACACUGUUCAUCAGGAGGACCAUGGGCUAAACAGAGAACUUGACGCCGGCAAGAAGAAGAAAUCACGAAAGUUCUCUAUUCCAAAUCUGACUCGGAAAAACCAGAAGAGUAAAUCCCAGCAGUAUGAAGAUCCCCCGGGAGCAACAAGCAGUGACUACUAUCUGUCAGAUGCUGCAAAGGUGGAGUGGACUUCAUCUCAGAUGGACGUGCGGAGAUCAUGCGCCGAGGAGGAGGAAGAGGAGGAGCGACUGGAAGGGUUGCCUGAGGAAGAUGAGGGGGACACUGACAGCCUCAUGGAGUGGUGGAAUACUGUUGAAAUGUGGGAUGAAGUACCCUCAGAUGGAGAGAGCACUGUCAAAGAGGAGGAGACAAAGUCUUUCACUCAGAUGGCGGACAGGGUGCACCGUGGCCUCCGCGUCUUCAACAAGGUGUUCACGGAGCAGGCCGAGGUGCUCUACCAGCACGCGCUCAUUCUGCACGGCAUCGCCGAUGACCUGAGCACCUUCCACCACCGCGCCAAGGUGGGCAGCAUUACCGGAGGCACCACCAUGGCCGUGGGUGGCGCAGCAGCCAUCGCGGGUCUGGCGCUGGCACCGCUCACCUUCGGCGCCUCGCUGGUGGUGUCGGCGGUGGGUCUGGGCGUCGUGACGGCGGGCGGCAUCACCUCGGCGUCGGCGGCCAUCUCCGACAGGGUACACGACUUGCAGGACCGCAAGAAGAUCGAGGUGGUGGCCGGUGACUACCUGACACGGCUGAACGAGGUGGCGCGCUGCCUGGGCUACGUGCGCGAGGGCAUGGGCCGGCUCGCGCGCCACCCGCUGCUGCGGCGCAACAACUACUACGCCAGCAGCGACUGGGACGUGCGGCGCGCACUGCAGAUGGUGAGCCUGGUGCGCGAGCCGGCCGACCGCGCCGCUGACGUGGCCGAGAGGGGCACCGCCACACUCUCGGGCCUCUUCAAGCACAUGGACCACUACUUCGUGGACAAGGGUGGCAAGCAGGAGCUGCGCAAGACCUGCAAGAAAGAGGCCACGGCACAGGUGCACUCGGUGGCCACCAUACUGCAGGAGGGGCUGCAGGAGCUCAACACCAUCCGCGAGCAGAUGCUGGAUGCCUAUGGCAACAUCUGAAAAGACUACAGUUCCCACAAUCCCAUUGUGGAAGCAUGUUCUUGGCUAACAAAAAAAAGCACAAGAUAUCCUCAGGAGCACCAGGAUGUAUUGGAGGUGUAUGAUACUCUAUUGAAUUGUUAGGUGUGUUCAGAAUCAUGUGAAUGAACAACAGUUCCCAUAAGCUGAAGAGGCCAUAGGGAUACAAUACUUAAUAACAUACAUAAUCGUCAAAAGCCUAUCUCUGUAUACGUGCCAUGAUUUUAUAUUGGCUGGUCUGUUUAUGUCUGUCGUCAUGUCAAAGGUGGUUAAAUACUCAGUGAUUCCAAAUAUCUUACAGCAGAUCAAAAUAUGCACCUUUAACAGUUUUUCCUAUUUAUAUGGGUGUA